AUGCUCCUUCCUGGCAUAUCUGCCUCGACAAAUAUUAUUCUUGAAUCAAGACCUCAUGGAUACUGCAAACAGCUCAACAUCCCACUGCCUAUCACUGCAGAGACUGCAGUCUAUGACAUACCCAAGGUAGACAAUGAUAUCGAAGCAGUAUCUUGGGCAAUCUUCGACGCCACUCGAACUUCCAUACAUGGACCCGGCAACAUCAUCAAGAACACUACAACUUCUGCGACCUUCAACAUUCACGCGCAGCUGUGUAUUCCCAACUCUGCCAAGAAUUCGAAGAAGAAUACCUUGCAGAUUGCCACCCAUGGAGUACACUACGACUCCAGAUACUGGGACUCAAAGUACAAGCCGGAGAACCACUCCUAUGUUGAGGCAGCACUCAAAGCAGGACAUUCGAUCCUUACAUAUGACCGUUUGGGAGUCGGUGAAUCUGAUCACCCGGAUGCAUACACCGUUGUCCAAGCUCCUCUGGAACUGGAAAUCCUCCGCCAGUUGACUUUGAUGGCCCGUAAUGGCACCCUGUAUGAGUUUGCGGGUCAUGCACAGCCCUCCAACUCUUUGUUCACAUCGUUGGCCACUCCACACAAAGUCGUUCACAUCGGACACAGUUUCGGAUCUUUCCUCACUUCUGCAUUCAUUGCCAGAUACGGCCCCCUUAGCGAUGGAGCAAUCAUUACGGGAUAUCUGUUGACCGAAAACCUCGGCAGCGCUGGUUCGACUUCAUUCAGCGUCGAAUAUGCUGCUACUGGAUCCCCUGCUUUUGAUCGCCCAAGCGGCUAUGUUGUGUGCCAGAGAGAUGGUAUCCAAAACAUCUUCUUCGGAGGAAACCCCAAGACCGCGUUCACCAAGGAGUUGCUCGACUACGGCAUCAGCCUCAAACAGCCAGUCCCCAUUGGAGAGUUCGCUUCAGCCUGGUCACUGCUUGGAAAUCCCGGCCCAUCUUUCAGAGCCCCUGUGCAAUUCUUGCUGCCCGAGUUUGACUUUUACAUUUGCCGAGGCGAUUGCCGUGGCUUGGCCAAUGUGACCAUGUUGAAUCAGACUUACCCCAAUGCUGCGGCCAUUGAGAUUGCCCUACAGCCAAAUACCGGCCAUGCGCUGCCUCUACACAACAACGCCACAGCAGGUUUCCAACUCAUGUUCGAUUUCUUUUCUCGACACGGACUGUAG